AUGGGCUGUAUCCAGUCUUCCAUCGCGACGGUCUACUCGAUCUACUCCAAAUUUUGCAACGAGACUACUCUACACGGCCUCAAGCAUACUGUCGCUGAGAAUUUUAACGAACUUUCUAGAUUCCUCUGGUUCGUGCUUACGGUGUGCGCGUUCACGGGCGCCGGGUACUGCGCCCUCAACCAGCUGGGGCGGUACAACUCGGAGCCGGUGGUGGUGUCCCUGCAGCGCGACUACCGCGGCUGGACCACCGCCUUCCCCGCCCUCACCGCCUGCCUGCUGGAGCGCGUUGAACAGGACAAGGCUAGAGCGGCUAUUUUUAGGAUCUGGAACAUCACCGAGGAGGAAGACCCAGAGAAGUAUCAAUACUACUACGAGUUCGUGGAGCUGGUCGCGGAGAUCUCCUUCCGCGGGAACAUCCAGAACUUCUGGAAGUACCAGGGCGAUGACAGCGUGGACAACAUCGACCUGACCGCUCUGGCGAGGGAGGUGCAUCCGCCGUUCGAGCUCCAGGUGGAAACCUCGCAGAGGAAUUUAGAGGUCCGAUGGGUCCAGGUGAUGACGGAGGAGGGUCUCUGCCAGACCUUCAACUCGGCGUACGCGCAGUACCAGGUCACCGACGACCACGCCUGGCAGGAGGAGCCGCUCAUGACCUGCCACUACCACAGCGAGAACUGCUACGUCAAAAUAAACUCUAUGUCCAAUGCCAUGAGGUAUUUCAUCCACUCUCCGUACGAGAUAUCAACGGCUAUAUCCAAUCCAACCGGUGAAAUAUAUCCGGGGGAUGAACUCUCUACUGACUUUAAGGUUGUGGAGAUAGAGGCCGCGAGCCGCAUCAAGGGUCUAUCGCCGGCGCAGCGGCGCUGCCACUACCCCGACGAGUGGCUUGCCAAAUCCAUUAAGGCGUACAGCUUCAGCUUGUGCCAGAUGCAGUGUCGAACACACAUGGCAGUCAUGUUCUGCGGGUGCAGACCCUACUUCCACAUAAAGGGAGAUGGCGACAUUUGCGACGCACGCGGCAUGGCGUGUAUCGGGCGCAAUGUGGAGAUCCUCGUCAACCUGCCCAAGAACCUCGCUAAGUGCUCCUGUAUGCCUCAGUGUGACGAACUCAACUACUACUCGCACACAAAGAAGGUCAAUGUCCGUAACUUAACCACAUAUCGAACGACACGAACGAUGUUUGUUACGACAUUUUCUUUAGCCUGUAACAGCGUAUAUUACGUUACAUCUUUUCUGUAUGGUUUUAUUUGGAUAUUGCACAUAGUUUUGCCGUUUGUGAUCGACAUUGGAAUAUUUGGAGUGAUCGUGUACCACUGGACGAGGUUGAGAAAGCCAAAUCACAAUAAUGUUAUACACAUAUUCGGACCAGAACCUGGCUCGAAAGAGAGUGAGCUCCAUCCACAGAAAACUGUACGAUGUAUAGCUCACAGAGGUGCGGGCUUAGACGCUCCAGAGAAUACUUUACAAGCUUUUAAAUAUUGUGUUGAAAAUGAAUGCGGUUUUGUGGAGCUUGAUGUGAGGCUGUCUAGAGACGGUCAGCUGGUUCUUCUACAUGACCAGGGCUUGGAGCGACUGUCGGGGACAGAUGUGGCCAACAUCAGAACUGUGGACUGGGAGACCAUUAAAAAUAUUGAUGUUGGUGCUACACAUCCAAAUAGACUGCAAUUCAAAGAAGUCCGCUUAUGCCUUCUCGAUGACGCAAUUGAAUAUCUUCUAUCCAAAGAAGUCAGGAUGAUAAUUGAUGUUAAAGGAGAAAGUCAACAGAUGGUGAAUGAAAUUCUAACAGUGUUUGCCUCUCGACCUGUGCUGUACAAGUAUGCAGUAGUCACUACAUUCAACCCAUUUAUACUAUACCAGAUACGCAGAAGGGAUCCCAAAAUCGUGGGAGCGAUCAGUUAUAGGCCAUACUGCUUUAGUGCACAGAAUUAUGAUGCAGAGAAUGGACCAACAAACCCAAGGUUCGGCGACCGCCUGCCGCUGCAGAUGGCGGCGCGCGGCGCGGACGUCGCGCACGCGCUGCUGUGGCGGUGGUCGGCGCGGUGGUGCGCCGCCAGCGCCGUCCUCGUGCACAAGGACAUCGUCAGCCCGAGCGAGGUGAGCUACUGGCGGUCUCUGGGGGUUCGGUGCGCGGGAUGGUGCGUCAACCGGCCCCUCGAGAAGCUUUACUGGCGCGGCGUGCUACGCGCUCCCUACCUUGCCAAUACGCUCAUUGGAGAGCCAGAGGUUGAACAAAAGAAGUAUACAAAAAAUGGCGAACGCAACGAGUCUGAGAGAAUUUUGUCUACAGGCGAAAAAUAAUGCACCAACAAUAGUUACGACAACAAAGUACAAAAACCGAAUCGACACCAAAUAUUGUAGAUUAGGAUUAUUAAUUAUUAUUUUUAUGCUGUUUCAAAUUUUUAUUUAUGCUAUUAUUAGACACCGAAUGGUUAGCGCUUUCAAAGAAACGUGCACAAAAUAUACACGGCAAUAAGAAAUAUUAUAUGGAUUUAGAGUUUUAGACUAGCUUUUCAAUUGCCUCGUGUAUUGAAUAAAAUACGUUUCACCAGCAAAAUUUUACCUUACAUGUGUUAUAAUGACCGAAAAUACUGUCAAUAAAAAAGUUCCAAAUAUGCAAUAACAACAGCAUCAAUAUGUAUGUUCCAAUAUAUAAAAAUUAAAUAAAUACCAAUGCCAAUUUGAUGUCUACUAAUAGCAUUAAUUACACUUCGACACACACAUUAUGAAACAUUUUUAUGACUUGAACUGCAAUAAGAACAAGUUUACAUAUCAAAUAUUUAAAGUAUUAUUAUUUUUGUAAUGUGCGUUUUUGUUACGUGUGUGUUACACUUAUAUUCAUACUAUGAAUGUUUAUAAUGACAUGACUUGCCUUGUGAAGAUUAAGUAUUUCAUUAUCCAUUAACUCAUAAAAUUAUAAUUGUUUUACCUGAAAUACUGUCAUAAUAUGGUGAGGAUAGUGUUUUAUUUAAAACUUU